UUACAAAAUACAAACCGCGUUGGCUACUGAAUUGUAGUUUAGUGUUCUGUGAGUUUAUCUCAAGUUUAUCUUGAAUCUUCCACAAUACUGAACUGUGUUUAAAUUCUCUUUGCACAAUACAAUCCACAAUCUUUCUUUGGAUUGUGCAUGAUGCAGUAGAAAGAGAAGAAAUAAUAAGUGAUAGAUAGAAAUAAGAAUUGUACCUAUUCUGUGAAUAUUAAAUUUAUUUUGUAUUACAUGUAAAAUGAGCGAGGAGGAGGACGACGUAGUUGAACUCAAAAAUAUUCUACAUUUAGAAUUACCGAGCGUUAUUGAAAAUCCUGAAGAUGACACCGUUUGCAGUAUUUGUUACGCCGAAUUUUUAGACGCUGAAGACUUAAACACUCAUUUUAUGCAAGUUCACUUAAAUGAGCGUCGAAAACUGCGUUUUUGUACCAUCUGCAACAAACUAUUCUCCGAUAUCUCGCUCUAUGCAAAACAUUUCGAACAGGAGCACUUGAGAUGUUUACAUUGCUGUAAAUUCUGCUAUCGUUUUUUUAUAACCGCAAAAUCGAAAAACCAACACGAAAAGAGCCACGCAAUUGAGAAUGGAAUGAAAUGCUCGCAGUGUAAUAGCAAUUUUCUCUAUUCAGUUGAUUUGACGGAGCAUGAAUUCGAUAAUCAUCGCAAUUCAGAAGGCAUUAUGGUAAAUCAAUGCUUUGAAACAUUUUGUUCACUCCUCUGUAUGAACCCUUGGAGGUUCCUCAAAGGUUACGGUGAAAAUGUUAAAUUUAUGUGCAUGAACUGUUCAAUGACUACUUACGAUAUGGCAUACUACUUAUCCCACUUACAGAAGAACUCCUGCCAGUGUCUAUUCAGUUGUGUAGCAUGUUAUAAUGUGUACUCUAUCAAAAAAAGCUUAAUCAAACAUCAGUGUCGUGGUAAAUACCAGAAUAGUACAGCAAAAUGUAAUAAAUGUAAUAAAAUUAUAACUCAUGACAAUAUUCAGUCACAUCAAGAUAGUUGUGGUAUGGUUCGAUGUAAUGUCUGUGGUUUGCUAUUUCAUUCUGUUAAGGAUUUAGCCAAACACAACACGGAGUCACAUCCGGAGCAAGCAACUGUGCAUCAGUGUAUGUUUUGUGACCGUCAGACAAUAGGCAAAGAUAUCCUUAAGAAACAUAUCAGGAGAGUACACAAAGGCAAAUUGCACUUAUAUAAAUACAAAUGUGUUUAUUGUGAUCACCUAUUUAUGCAUCCAAGGAAAUUGUUUGGCCAUUUCUAUACAAUGCAUAAACAGUUAGAACCAUACACAUGUAAGAUAUGCGACAAAUCUUUUAGGGUCAGGAAAAGAUUCACACUUCACGUUAAAAUGUCUCAUGCUAGUCAAGGCUUUGUGGAAUUUGAUAAAAACUAUAAUGUUUUUUUUUCUGACAAGAGAUCUGAAGACCCUUUCAAGCCUAUCAGUUUUUAUUCUCCCUUAAGUGAUUCUGAAGAAGAGACUCGUAUAGAAAUAACAAUUGAAAAGGAAACUCCACAUAAAUCUGAUGAAAAGUUUGAUAUAACAGACACAGAUUAUACAGAACCUAAUGAUAAAAAUACAAAACGUAAAUCUAACAAAAUUAAACAUAAAACCAAAAUUAGAGAAACUGUUGUAGAUAUUGACUCAAGUGAAGAAGAAAAUAUGUCACUAUUAAAAAUUCGUAAUAAUAAAAGAAUUAGACUCAGAAAGAAAAAAAAAAGUAAAAAGAGAGAUCUCACAUGCCCACAAUGCUAUAAGAAUUGCUAUACAUUGCUUAAUUAUGAGCAUCAUAUGAGCUUGCAUACGAAGGGUGUUGAGAAACGAUGUAUAAAGUGUAACGAAACAUUUAAAAGUAAAUCAGCUCUGGACAAACAUAUCACAGACUUACACAGCAGCUCAACACUUGUUGAUACAUUGAAAAAGGUUUUAGAAAAACGCAAAAAUGCUAUUUUACCACAAAAAGAAAGUUCUCAUCAAAAAUUUUUGAGGACUCUUAAGAAAGUUGAGAUCAUUCCAGAAGAAACCCAGGCAACAAUUACUCGUGUAACAAGUAAUGCUAAAAUAUCCGUGAGAAAGUUCCUUGAGAACUUCAUACCGGAAAGUCAGGAUACUAUAAAGAUAAAAGAUUCAUUGACUAUUAAGUUGAGUAAAGAGGAGAGACCUCCGUUUAUUAAAGUGUAUAAAUGUAAAACUGAUACUGAGUUCCAAAAGAGUAGCUUAAAAAUGCCUGUGAAAUUUAAAGAUGACACAGUUGAUAAUACAAAAGUGACAGUAAAUUUAAUCACUAGUGAUCUACAAAGAGCGAAAUUGAACUAUGGUGAAAAAUUGUGUAAUAACUACUAUGCUACACAUAAGAACUUCUCUGAGGAUCAUUCAUACUGUAACCAAAUGAAUCAAACAAAAUUAGAAGAAGAACCGGAACAGAUUUCGGACGAUGAUACUGUAUAUGAGGAGCCAAUUCCAGAAAUUGCUGAAGAAGUAAUGCUAGCAUCAGGUGAAAUGCCGACUAAAGCUACUACUGCCAAUUUACAUAAUAUGCCUCGUCACAUUGAGACAUCAACAAUGAGUUAUAAGAUUAAAAUUGGAACUCUAAUACCACAGGCUCCGUAUUAUAAAAUCAUGACUGUCGAUGAUAUGCUUGAAAGUGAAAAAAAAGAUCAGAAGGUAAAAGAUGAAGUUGUAACCCUUCCAAAUGGAACUAAGUUGGUUCAAGUUAACCCAUUGCAGCAUCUGCUGGAUGAGAAUGUACAAAGGAAAUUGAAAAAUGUUGCUGAUAGUACCAAAAAACGGAAUAUCUGUGAGGCUAUAGCAAAGAGUUUAGUGCCACCUAAGAAGAAGAAACUUGACCCAUCAAAACUGACUUAAAAGUUAGUGAACUAGCUUUGGUGUGUCAAUUUCGCUGAUAUUGGUGUUGAGGUGAAUAUGUACUUCAUACUAAAGAAGUCAUAAUUAUCAUGUUGGUAACAAGAGUUGUUGCCAGUUGUAGUCAACUUACUUAGUCUAUGCUAAGCAUUUGUAGCAAUAACAUACAUUUCAGCAGUGGGUUUAAUUUAAAAUUGAGAUAUUGCCGCCAACAUUAACAUAUUAUAUUUAAAAUCAUAUUUUGUUGAUUUAACUGUAGGGACGUCACGGGCGCAACAAACUCAGCUGGCUUUUUUUUUUCUUCAUAAAAAAAUAUUUUUACUAAGUAUUAUUGUACAAUUAAACUUAUAAAAAAUAAUUUAACCUUUACAACACAAACAUUCUUUAACAAUUUUUUUUAAUAUCAAAUAUAAUACUUUUGUUAUGAACUGGGAUCUCAUUGUAAAAGCAUAUACAUCGCCGCACAAAAGACUUAAUGAUUUGUCUUAGCCGAUUAGUGGGCAUUAUAAUUUUAUGUCUGUUCCAAACCUUAAAAACAUUAAGUGAUUGUGAAUGUGUUUGGGCAUUGUCAUAAAGGUGGACUGUAUAAUUUCUUUGAAGUGGCUCCCUUAGUACCGAGUUCAGUAAAUAUGGGGCAGUUCAUAACUUAACGAAAUUGGUAAUGAAAGUUUUAAUAUCAUUGUUUAUUAUUAUUAUUAAAUAUUACAUUACAAUAAAUAUGGUAUUCUUUUUAACUGUUGCAAUGCUAUGUAAUCAAGUGUCCUAUUUAAAUUUAAUACCAAGUGUCUAUAUAUAUGUAUUAAAAAGUGGUAAAUAAAAUAUUCUA